AACUGUGAUACCUACCGGAAAGGAAAAAACUGUGUUAGCAAUUGAAUCCGUGUUACGUUGCUCGUUACUCAUCGAACAAGAACAGAACCUUGCCUCCACAACACCAUUUCUCCAUUGCUUUUUUUCCCCAGAAGAUCUCCUUUUCUCCAUGGACGCACCUGAAGCCCGCCUCCUCGGAGGGUACGUACGGCUCUUCUUCUGUUGGCUUGAGCUUGUACAGGCUCCAAGAACCAUGUUGAGAGGUUUUUGGGUGGUUUUCCUUCUGUCAUGCAUCGCUUUGCCCGGCGUUUUACCGGAUCAGCAGAUAACUUCAGAUGGUGAUAUAGUGGAAUGCGUAGACAAAUUCAGACAACCAGCAUUCGAGAAUCCACUUCUAAAAUAUCACAAAUUACAAGAUGUACCGUCUGAAAUACCCAAGAUGAUCGGAACUCAAAAGGGGAAAAGACAAACACAAGAAGCUUAUGUCAGUACUACGAAAUGCCCAGACGGAGCUAUCCCGAUCCUAUUGUCCGGUCAUGCCAAAAAUCGGACACAACCUGAGACCAAAGAUUACCACUCCGGACAUGAGUAUGCGAUCGUAUCCUAUGAGGAUAACACGAAGUUGUACGGAACAAAAGCCGUACUCAACGUUUGGGAUCCAGCCAUAGAAGAAGGAGCAGCAGAGAUGUCUCUAGCGCAAAUUUGGAUUGCAUCAGGCGAUUAUGAGACCGCUGAUCUUAACACCAUUGAAGUGGGCUGGCAGGUUCUGCCUCAGAUGUAUAACGACAUCAGGCCUAGGUUAUUCCUCUUUUGGACGGGUAAUACAUACCGAAGUGGGUGCUACAACGUCCGCUGCUCUGGUUUUAUCCAAACCAGUGGCAGUAUCGUCGUUGGAGGCCCAAUUGCCCCGGUUUCUUCUUUAGGAGGUAUCCAGACCGAACUUACAGUUUUCGUGUGGAAGGAUCGGAAAUCAGGAAACUGGUGGUUAAGUUUAGGCGUUAGCAUAGUAGGAUAUUGGCCAGCCGAACUGUUUACUACACUUGCUGAUCACGCAGCCUACGUACAAUGGGGCGGUGAGAUCCUGAACAAGCAGCCUUUAGGACGACACACGACGACCCAAAUGGGUUCCGGGCAUUUUCCAGACGAAGGUUUUGGGAGAAGCGGUUACUUCAGAAACUUGGAAUACGUUGAUUACAACAACCGGUUAGAGUCAGUCCCAGUCCAAAAGUUGGGCAUCAUAGUAACUAACCCAGAUUGUUACAAGGUCAAGCAUCUAUUUUCAGAUGAUUGGAAGACCCAGUUCUACUAUGGGGGGCCAGGGUUUACCCAUUCAGGAGCUACAUUGGCACUUGCCUCACGCUCUCUAUUUUUCGUUGUAGUUGUAUUACUAUUUCUUAUCGUUUAGUGUAUUUUUUUUCUUAAUUUAUAACUCUUCUGUAAUAUUUAGAGAGAGGAAAAAAACAAUUUGGACAAUGGAAGGACUGUAUGUGUAUGGGUUGAUAGAGAAAUAUUUAGCUAACCACCACACCAUGUAAAGUGAUC